UCGAGAGAGGGUUCAGUUCAGUGAGUCGAAUAUUUGCAAGAAAUCGUCUUCCUUCCCUCAUUGAUUGAUAGUAAUAAAAAGCAUUUUCCAAAAAAAAUCAAAGGAAAAAAAACACAAGUAGGAUAAUUGCAGUAACAACAAAGAAUCCAGAUUUGGACUAAUUUAAUUUCCUUAAUCCUCUGGAUACAGAUAUUAGUUACCAAUUAUAUCAAAUCCCCACCCUUUUUAUUCUCAUUCCCUCCCGUUAUUUUUUCUCAAAAUGCUUCUUCCCAUUUCUUGAUUCUCUCCCUACCAAGAAUCUUUUCUUUUUUGAUUUUUAUAAAAAUCAAAUCUUUUUUUUUUCUUGGUUGAUUUUAUUGAUAGUGAUGGAUCGGAUUGUGUGUUCUGUGAAGUACACGGAGCACGAGGAAAUUAUUAAGAAGCUGAUUAAGCCACCGCCGCCCAAACAGAAGGAAAUCGCCGAGUCGGCGAGUCGGCCCAGACGAGUCAGAAUCUCGGUCACCGAUCCCGACGCGACUGAUUCCUCCGGCGACGAAAACGACGACGUUGAUUUUCCGAGGCGGCGGGUGAAGAGGUUCGUCAGUGAGAUCAGAAUGGAGGUGUCCUCUGCUACGAAUAGAGCGGCGGCUGAGGUGGUGGUUCUUCAGCCUAAGCCGAAGCUGAUGAAGGCGGUGGCGGCGGCGGCGAACGGCGGAUGCCGGAAGUUCCGCGGCGUGCGGCAGCGGCCGUGGGGUAAGUGGGCCGCCGAAAUCAGGGACCCUGCUAAAAAGACGAGGAUCUGGUUGGGCACGUUCAACACGGCGGAGGAAGCUGCCAUGGUUUAUGACACCGCCGCCAUUAAGAUUCGUGGACCGGACGCUCAGACGAACUUCACCGUCCCUUCGCCGGAGAAUCACGUGACGUCGGUUUCCGGCUACGAUUCCGGCGACGAGUCACGCAACGUCGUUUCUUCGCCAACUUCUGUUCUCCGGUUCAGAAGUAGCGUCGCCUCCGGCGAAAAUUCCGGUGAAAGCCGGUCCGGUUCGGGUCAUGAGUCGGGGAAAGAGGAUCAUGCUAUUGAUUCAAAACAUGAUAUCGGCAAACCGGUUUACCCGGUUGGACCGGUUCAAGAUCCGGUUCGUUUGGUGGAUGAGUUUCAAGGCGAAACAAAUACAGUCCCAAAUUACUCUAGUGAUUUCUUGCCUAUGGACAUUCCAUUUUUGGAUGAUUUCUUUAAUUUCGAGGCGCAAGAUCAUGCGUUGUUUCUCGACUUGCCGCCGCCGCCGAGUUGUUCCGGCUCGGGUAAUUUUGUCGAUUCGACGAUGGCGAUUUCGUCAUUAGACGAUUUGUUGUUGGAUAACAGCUUUGCGGAGUUGGAUCUUGGGGAGUUUAAGGACACGUGUCAAGAUUUCGGCUCGUUCGAAGUCGAUGGCUUUUUUCAAGACAUGCCCGAUUUUGCUAGCGUGGAUCCAAUGUUUGUUCCAUGAUGAAUAUUCGAAACAUUCGAUUAAAAAUAGCAAUCAAGUUUUGAAAAAGAGUGUUGUUUCUUUUGCCCGCGUUGGCCCUUCGAUUUCGAAAGGGCAAACAUUUUUUCGGCUCGGGUCGGCUUUUUUCGUAUACUAUUUUGAAAGUUAAUUAGGUAGUAUUUUAUUCAAUAAAAAUUUACAUUUCUAGCCAAAAAAAAAGUUCACAUUUGUAAUAGAUGUCAUGGAUUUUGAGUUAUAGGAAUUAUUGUGAAUUGAUGAUUAUUGAAGUUUUUAUUCAAAUUUAUUUAGCAUCAUGUUUUUAUUUUUCCUUAAAUAUUUAAGCAAGAAAUAAAUAAAAAAGAAAAAAAAUAAAACAAAAAUGCAAGAAGUAUGUACUUUAUGAAUCUUGAAAUGCCAAAGUGUAAUUCUUUUCGGUUCCAUUUGGCACUAAGGUAGGCGCAAUUGACGGUUGACUAUUUGACCAAACUCACAACUUGCUAAAAAUUUCAAAUUUAAGUAACAAAUAUUUAAUUUCCAUUUGUAAAGAUUUUUGUACGAUAAUUGAGCCAACAAUAUUAAUUAAAGCAUUUGUAUUU